CCCCCCCCCCCCCCCCCCCCCCCCAGCGAUCCGGAUCAGUGGCUCCCCAUGCCUUGGAUCCGAUCCACUGGAUCUUUGGCCUUGGAGGCAGAGGAAGAGGAGGACGCCGAGAAGAAGGCGGCGGCGGCGGCGGCGAGGAAGCGGCUGCAGCAGCAACAGCCGAGGCGGAUACAAGACAGCACUAGAGCGUUGCAAGGACGCCGGAUUGCUUUUUUGGUGUUGUUGCUGCUGCUGCAGAAGGAAGACUUGAUCCAGGAUUAUGCUCUAAAGAGGGGUGGGGGAGAGAAAGGGGGGGAGGGAAGAGGGGAGGGGAAGAGGAGGAAAGUCCAUGUGUGUGUGUGUGUGUGUGAAAAAAUAAAUGCAUCCACCCUCCUCUUGAUUGUGCAUUUUGGGAUUUCUGCACACCAGGGACUGUAGAGUGCCCUCCCCUCCUUGUUUUUGUCUCUCUCUCACACACACUAGCAAAGAGUCUCUAUCUCCCCUAUAUAUGUCUAUGUAUGCAUGCAUGUAUGUCUUCACUGGGUGUCGCAAGAGGAAAGGCUAACUCAACAUAGGUAGCAAUCAAUCAAAAGGAACCCCCUUACUCUCAGGCUGCUUUUCUGCCAGCACCCUUCUUCUUUUUUUUUUUUUUUUGCCGAAGCCCGCCUUCUUAUUUAUUGGAGGAACCUCCACACUGAUCUCGCUCCUGGCUUCACAGAGUGUGCUUUUCGUCCCAAGGGGGGGAAGGAGGCCGACGACCAGGACCAGGACGCACAGUCCCAAGUGAAGCCAUCUCACCAUGGUGGUUUUUAAUGGCAUGCUGAAAAUCAAGAUCUGCGAAGCCGUCAAUCUCAAGCCCACCGCGUGGUCACUCCGCCAUGCCGUGGGUCCCAAGCCCCAGACCUUCCUGCUGGACCCGUACAUUGCCCUCAAUGUGGACGAUUCCAGGAUCGGGCAGACUUCCACCAAGCAGAAGACCAACAGCCCUGCGUGGAAUGAUGAGUUUGUCACGGACGUGAACAACGGGCGGAAGAUCGAGAUGGCCGUUUUCCACGAUGCCCCCAUCGGGUACGACGAUUUUGUGGCCAACUGUACGAUCCAGUUUGAAGACUUGCUGCAGAAUGGGAGCCGCCACUUCGAGGACUGGAUUGAUCUGGAGCCAGAAGGAAGAGUAUAUGUCAUCAUAGACCUUUCGGGCUCAUCAGGUGAAGCACCCAAAGACAAUGAAGAACGGGUCUUUAGGGAGCGGAUGCGCCCCAGGAAGCGCCAGGGGGCAGUGCGACGCCGGGUCCACCAAGUCAACGGGCACAAGUUUAUGGCCACCUAUCUUAGACAACCAACCUAUUGUUCACAUUGCCGAGACUUUAUAUGGGGAGUAAUAGGAAAGCAAGGGUACCAAUGUCAAGUUUGCACUUGCGUAGUCCACAAGCGAUGCCAUGAACUUAUCAUAACAAAAUGUGCUGGCUUGAAGAAGCAGGAAGCCCCCGACGAGGUGGGCUCCCAGCGCUUCAGUGUCAACAUGCCUCACAAGUUCAGCAUUCACAAUUACAAAGUGCCCACCUUCUGUGACCACUGUGGUUCGUUACUCUGGGGUCUUCUGAGACAAGGUUUACAAUGUAAAGUUUGCAAGAUGAAUGUACAUAGACGCUGUGAAUCAAAUGUGGCACCAAACUGCGGAGUGGAUGCAAGAGGGAUAGCUAAAGUCCUCGCAGAUCUUGGCGUUACUCCAGAUAAAAUCACUAAUAGUGGACAAAGAAGAAAGAAGCUUGUUCCAGGUGCAGAAUCUCAACCACCGGUUCCUGGAUCUUCACCGGAAGAUGAUAGGUCAAAGUCAGCCCCAACAUCCCCUUGUGAUCAAGAAAUUAAAGAACUUGAAAAUAACAUUAGGAAAGCAUUAUCAUUUGAUAACCGAGGAGAAGAACACAGGGGAGCAGCAACAAGUUCAACUGACAACCAGCUCAACACUCCUGGCGAGAAUGGGGAAAACGGAGAGGUCAAAGCACAGACGAAGCGCAUGGGCCUCGAAGAGUUUAACUUCAUCAAGGUGUUAGGAAAAGGCAGUUUUGGAAAGGUCAUGCUAGCCGAGCUAAAAGGCAAAGACGAAGUAUACGCAGUGAAAGUCCUAAAGAAAGAUGUCAUCCUACAAGACGACGAUGUGGACUGCACAAUGACAGAAAAACGGAUUCUGGCAUUAGCACGGAAACAUCCCUACUUAACGCAACUCUACUGCUGCUUCCAGACCAAGGACCGCCUCUUUUUCGUCAUGGAGUAUGUCAAUGGAGGAGACCUAAUGUUUCAGAUUCAACGCUCACGCAAAUUUGAUGAACCCCGCUCCCGCUUCUACGCAGCAGAAGUCACAUCGGCACUCAUGUUCCUCCACCAACACGGCGUCAUCUACAGGGACCUGAAACUGGACAAUAUUCUUCUUGAUGCAGAAGGCCACUGUAAACUGGCUGACUUUGGAAUGUGUAAGGAAGGGAUCUUGAAUGGAGUAACGACUACUACCUUUUGUGGAACGCCAGACUACAUAGCUCCAGAGAUCCUCCAGGAAUUAGAAUAUGGUCCCUCAGUAGAUUGGUGGGCGCUGGGUGUCCUCAUGUAUGAAAUGAUGGCUGGGCAACCUCCCUUUGAAGCCGACAAUGAAGACGACCUCUUUGAGUCCAUCUUGCAUGAUGAUGUCCUGUAUCCGGUGUGGCUUAGCAAAGAAGCCGUUAGCAUUUUGAAAGCCUUCAUGACAAAAAAUCCAAAUAAGCGACUUGGCUGUGUGGCAUCCCAGAAUGGUGAAGAUGCCAUUAAGCAACACCCAUUCUUUAAGGAAAUCGACUGGGUUCUUCUAGAACAAAGGAAAAUCAAGCCACCCUUCAAACCUCGGAUUAAAACCAAAAGGGAUGUAAAUAACUUUGAUCAAGACUUUACACGAGAAGACCCCAUAUUAACGCAAGUGGAUGAGGCAAUUAUAAAGCAAAUCAACCAAGAGGAAUUUAAAGGCUUCUCGUAUUUUGGAGAAGAGCUGCUGCCAUAGGAGCCCUCCCUGCACCUCAAAUCGUGACCACCAGAUCACUGACUCUGCAAGACGUGGUCCUGGGAAGAACCUCCAGACAGAACACCAAGAACUACUGCUCUUACCAUGAACCCAGAUACCCCCUUCCCUUCCUUUACACUAUUAUCUAUCUAUUUAUUAUUUUUCUCUCAUCUUUGAUCUGGAGGCUCUCAUAACAUCUGUAUCACAAAACAAUGCAAAAUAUUUUGUAUCAGAAUUUGUAAGUGUAACACAUUGCUGUUGUUUCUUGCUGCUGCUUUAUUGUUCUUAAAUUCAAUUUGGACUUUUUUGAUUCUCAGAAAGGCUGUGCACCCGCCUUUCCAUCCCACCCCCCACCCCCAUGCAUGGGAGUAUGCCACUGAGCUGAGCCUACAAAUACGAUAUAGGAUUUACUGUAUCAACAUAAUAUUGGAUCCAGACUUUGAGAUCUAAAGUCAAUUGUUACUUCCAAUUAGAGUAGGCCUAUUUAAUCAGUGUGGACUUGGAAAGUCACCACUUAUGCAAGUUCCAUGCGUUAGUGGGUCUAGUUUAUUUGACACUAACAAUUGCAUCAAAGCUUUAUAUCAGUUAAGUCCCUGGGUCUACUCUAUGUACGCUAAAGUCAAGAUUGACACCAUUGUGUUUUGACAGGAUUGUGCAGGUAUUUAGACAGCUUUCGGUACAGGUCUAAGGUGUGCCCAGCAGCAUGGGUAGGGCUAGAUAAAAGUUUUGUAGCCCAUUUCUAAGCACAUGGAUACACAUUGAGGCAUAAAUAGAUGCUCCUAGUGAGCAGCAUCUGAAAAAUAUAAAAUUGUAGGUACAUGGACCCCACUCUAGAUUAGAACACUGGAAUGGAGAUAAAGGAUAUUAAGUCUUGCUGUGGUCCUGAUCUAGGUCAGUGGGGCCAGACCUGCAGUUUUCCCUAUAAGAAAACUUCCACGGGAAUGAAAUCGGGUCACUUUUCUCCUCUCAGUGCAAUCUGGACAACCCAGGACAGGACUUCAUUAAGGAAGAAAAAUCCUCCAAUUCAUUUAAGAGUCAUUUCUAGCUUGAUCUUUAAAAGAACAAGUUACCAAAUUAAGGAAAUUCCCUCCAUUAAGGGGUUUCAGACUAUUAUCUUGGAUUUCUAAUGAGCAUAAAACAAUAAACCUGAGAUGUAUAGUUGAGAAAUCUGCCACUGAAUCUCCGACAUUAGCUGAGGUCUUAGACUGAGAGACACAGCAUAAAGGUCCACAUAGAUUCACCAUUUCUCCUCCCACAUAAAUAAUCUGCCACUUGAGCCACCAUCUCCACAGUGGCCAGUAGAAACCAGGAGCCUCGCAUAGAUAGUCUAAUUAUAUUCCCAUAACUGGGCACAAAGCAACAAGACUUCCUCUAGGACCAGCAAAGCAUUUUCCAGAUUAUGAUGUCAUUGUAAGCCGCUCUAAGUCUCCUUUGGGGUGAGAAGGGUGGGGUAUAAAUACAGUAAAUAAAUAAAUAAAUAGUGUGUCUGGCUAUAGGAACAUAGUUGGACACUCCUUUGCCCCAUGCUCUCCUUCACUAGCCAUGGAAUGGCUGUAUUGGGAAUGCAAGAGGCAUGCGAGUUUUGAUGGGUUGGGGAUUGUUGCAUAAGGAAGGUGUUGAACUUCCCUCAUCACAACAACCAAAGGUCUAUGUCACCCACAGAAUGCCAGCAUAAAAAGACAUAACAGAAUCCAGUGGCAUAUUUCAAAUUAGCUGGUUUAUUCUAGCAUAAUUUGGAAAUGGUUUAUUUAUAGACUCCACUUCAAAUACUAGAUUGAGAAGACAAGAGAUUUCAUUUCACUCAUGGCGUGCUUAUGCUAGAAUAAAUCAAUUUAUGUUCAAACUGGUUAGUUUCAAAGGUGCUACUGAAUUAUCUUAUAACUUUUUAGGAAACACUAUUUCAGUCUCUUCAUUAUUAGUGCACUUAAUUUGGCUGUUAUGUUGACUUUAGUAAAUCUCUUUGCAACAGAUAUAACCAUGUUGCUAGCCAUUUGUUUUUGAGAGUUAGAAAAAUUCUCCCAGGUAAGAGGUAAACUGGUGCAGACAAAUAUGUCACUGCAAUGCAAGAUGCAAUGCCCUUGUGUGCCAUCCCUCAGUCAAACAUAGAUUGGAGUACACCUAUAUUAACUUGCAGUGUUCUUCAGAGUAACAAUUGGAAUAUGCUCAUAUUCUGAAGAAAGGCUUGUACCUGGUCCUGAGGGAAAUAAUUGAGAGAGAUAGCUACAUCAUUUGAUUAAGGAAAAAGACAUCUCAUUCUUAAUAAAAUGCAGGAAAAAUAAUAUAACCAAUUAUGAUUAAUUCUCUUGGAGCAGAUUAAUGAAGAAUGAAAAGUGUUCCAAAAGACACAUGGACACGUAUCUUCUGUAUCUGUAUAUUGUCCCACCCCUUCAAAGGAAAAAGCACCUUUUUGCAUGCAGGCAGAAAAGGUCUGUGGUGAAAAAGAAUUAUUUAAUUGAAUCUAACCUCUUGCAGGGAACAUGGGAAACAGUCCCUGCUAAUGAUAGAAAUGCUUAAAAUUUGAUACAUGGCUUUUGAAGAGGGCAUGAAUCCCUCAAACUUUUCAGGGGAAGAUUCCAUGUGGCCUGAUUUCACCUCCAUGCUUUGAUCUUAUUAGAGAAGUAGAUCUGGAAAAUAGGUAGAAUUCAAUGACACAUUAUCUAAGUGGGGCAUACCACUAUCGGAGAAAGGCAGCAUAUAAAUUAAAAUAAUAAAUAAAGGAACUUGUGAGCUGUUUGGAUGUUGGUUUCCCCAAAGCUAUCAAUUUCAGCUCUGUAUGAAAAAGAAAAGGCUGAAGAAAGAUCAUCUCCUCUAUUUUUAUUCUGAUGGAAGUCGUGAUGAGGCUAAGGGCAAAAUUCCCAUUAGUUAUACAGUAUUAUCAUGAACCAUAGUUACCUGGGAAUGAGAGCCAUUGGCUUCAAUGAAUCUGUUGAGAAGUUAAAGAGGAAGGUGGAAUGCAUUUCUGAAAUUCUUCCGGGACUUUGUUCCUGGUAACAUUUUAUCCCUGGAAGAUAGGCCAUUUUAGAAGGAGAAAUCCCUCCCAAGCACUUUCUCUCCAUACUUAUGUGUGAACCCAUUCUACCAGUAGGCUAUGUUGCAAUAAGACUUAAGAGAAUAGGGCAAAAAUACAGUCAAGAUUUCUUUCCAAAGCAGAUUGUGGAUCGAAAGAGUGUUGGAAAACAAUCCAACGGAGAAAAAGUACAACUAAUUAAAUUAGUCACAUGAAAUUGUCCUGGAAAAUAUUGUUUGUAAGAAUAUAUAACAAUGAUUUUAAGUGGGUUGUUGUGUUUUUUCCGGGCUGUAUAGCCAUGUUCCAAAAGCAUUCUCUCCUGACGUUUCAUCUACAUCUAUGGCAGGCAACCUCAAAGGUUGUGAGGUCCCACCUCUGAGGAUGCCUGCCAUAGAUGCAGGUGAAAUGUUAGGACAGAAUGCUUCUGGAACAUUGGGCGUACAGCGCGGAAAACUCACAACAACCCAGUGAUUCUGGCCAUGAAAGCCUUCGACAAUACAAUGAUUUUAAGUUUUGUUUAAAAUCAUUAUAUGCAGAAUGUAAGACAAAAAACAUAUACACACAGAUACUUUAAAGACAGGUGUUAAAGGGCUAAAGAAUGGACAAAUUUCCCAAAAAGCCUAUUACAGCUUUAAUAAAGCAAAAUAGGUUUUCUACAAAUGUUACAGCUUUUUCAUUACAUACAUGAUAAUCCUGCCAUAGUAAAAGCUAAUGUCUGAUUCACUUCACAUGUAAUGUGAAGAGGAUUGAACUGACUCCUUCUCCCCACUCCCCACCAUAUUAUUUCAUUGUAUUAGGUCAGACUGAUAUUUAUUUGCAAUGAAUAGCAGUGUGUUACUUUUGCAGACUUUGACCAAAAAAUGGGCAUGAUUCCUCCUUUGUGCAUUGACUGUACUGCCCCUGUCUCUUCCUUGUUGGCCUUGGGCCACGAAUGGCGUACUGCAAGGCAUCAACCAGGACUUGAUAGGGUAGACCCAUAUAUACUGGUUGUAUGUAGUCUGUGCAUAUGAAUUUGGACUGGAAAGAACUGCAGGUGUCAAACAACUAAUGAUUCAUGUGAAUGUCCCAUAGUGCAGUGUGUCUACAGUAAUUGUGUCUCAUGCGCUUUGAAAAUCCAAAGGAAUCAUUUUUUGCAUGGACUUCAAGGCAAGCAAGGGUUAAGUGCCUCCGAGUUGUUUCAACCCUGGUCUUUAUCAACCCUUCCAAAGGAUGCUGUUUCCAGUUCUCAAAAGCCAUGCAUGCUAAAUGGGAAGAUUCAUUGAACAUCCAGUCUAGUUGUCAUCUUCAAGCUGCACUUUUGUUCCCAUCCGAAGGUCAGAAGGGAAGAAGGGGUGAAGAUCAUGUUAUGCUCUGCCACUAGACUGAGUCAUGCCCAGUAGGACUACUGGUUUUUGUGUUUCAUUAUUGAAUGUCGGGUGGGGGGGGGGGGGAUCUGGUAUAAAACUGUGCUUAUAUAGGAAAAUUUCAAAGCCAACCCAUGUGUUAUAUGACAGUGUAUUGAGAGACUGAAGAUCAAGAUGCAACAUUACAACUGACAUUGCUGAAAACUGUAAAUGAAUUUUCUUGUGUAGUCAUUUAAAAAAAACUAUGGUAACUCAUGUGGAAAAUACCGUGCAUUAACAAACGUGACGUUACCACCUGUAGAUAUGCUGACAGUGUUAUGUACUCUUCUGAGAGUACCCUGUGUUUAUGUGUGCGCGUGCGCGUGCAUGUGAGUGUACCUGUAUUGUUGAGAUUAAUGUGUGUUUGUGUGUUGUGUGUGGAUAUCUAUAAAUAUAUAGAUAGACAAAUGCACACAUUUCUGCAUAAAUACACAUUUGGACUGAAUGAGCAGCUAAGGGAAUCCAUUAUACUUGGUGCACUUGGAUUUUCCAAUUGCACAAAAUAUAGAUAUAAAUAUAAAUAUAUAUAUAUAUUUGUGACCGGCAGAGUAGCACUCAAGAAGCUUUUUUUCUUCCUUUUUUCCCUUUUUGGAGGGUGGGUGGGUGGGUUGCCUUUUGUACAGGUGAGGAUUUUGUAUAUAGGUGUUUACUGCAAGGCCUGUGGAAUUCAAUGAAUAUAGAGGUAUCAACUGCUGCAUGUUCAGGCAUAUUAUAUAAAAAAGUUAGCCUAUGAAAGAAUAAUUAUAAUGUCCAUGUGCAAUACUCUGUUUGUGUAUUGGUUCAAGUUACUGUCAAUAAUGAGUUUUCCCCCAUUCAUUUCUCUCUCUCUUUUGUUAAAAAAAGAAGACGUAGAGCUAUAUUAAGCUGUACUAAACCUUCUGUAUAGUUCUCUUCCAAUUCUAUAGGAAAUGAUAGUAAUGUGGAGCAAAGAAGGGUCAUUAUUGCCAGAAACACAAGUUACCAGCUUGGAGACAUAGACUCCAUUCUGACGCUGGCCCACUAGCAGGGAACAUGCUGCAACAAGGAUUGUUCUUUUGCUUCUCGUGCACCAAGCAGAGAAGCCCCAUGCCAAAGCCCAGGGCCAGCAUCAGCGUCUUGGUCCACCUGCCAUAUUUUCCUCCCAAAUGCCCUUGAUUUAGCAGCACGCCAGGACAUUGAAGUGGGGGAAUUAAAAUGAGUGUCUACAUUCAGUAACCUGAUGCUGCUUGUAGGAUAGCUGAUUAAAAUACUGCUGCCUGCUAUGAAUGGUUCUGCCCUGCUUGGGAACUCACUGACAAAUAAGGUUUAUGAGAUGGAGUGUGGUCUCCAUACUCCAUCAAGUAUGGAGAUGUCAUAUCCUGGUUUUCCGAAGGGACAACUGGCAGAUGUUAGCAUGAGCUUUCCACUGGUAUGGGCUCUCAACAGGCACAAGCUUUUCCAACUAACCUGGACCAAACUAAAGUUUGGCGCUCUUCAGUUAUGUUGGGCUGUCACCUCCCAGAAGAUCCAUCUAGAUGUGACAUGGAAAUAGCUGAACACAGCUAGAGGCUAUGAGAUUGUGGAAAACUGGUCUGGAGCUUCUCAUGUUACUGAGGGAACAUGAGACAAAACAGCACUGCUUUUGUAUUGUGUCAGAAACGACUUGAGAAACUGCAGGUUGUUUCUGGUGUGAGAAAAUUGGCCUUCUGCAGGGAUGUUGCCCUGGGAGGCCCAGAUGUUUUACCAUCCUGUGGGAGGCUUCUCUCAUGUCCCUGUAUGGGAAGCUGGAGCUGACAGAUGGGAGCUCACCCCAUCUCAUGGAUUCAAACCACUGACCUUCAGGACAGCAGUUCAGCCGGCAAAGGGUUUAUUCCAAGCAUGAACAAACUUGGGUCCUCCAGGUGUUUUUGACUUCAACUCCCCAGUAGGCUGUUAGGAAUUGUGGAAGUUGAAGUUCAAAACCCUGGGAGGGUCCAAGUUUGCCCAUGCCUGGUUUAAUACAUUACACCACUGCGGCUCCUGCAACACUUCUGUGAUUACCUGACUGCAAGAGCAUAUUGAGUAGUUGAAUCCAAGAUAUCUUCUCAAGCAUAUAGGUUUGGUUAGUGUGAGUUUUGCAGCUGGCUAUUUACAGCCUCCUUUCCACAAGGAGAACCUUCAAAUCCAUUGUUGGUGUUUUUUUAAAAAAAAAACUCAGGUGUAAUUAUUAUAUAUACAUAUAUAUGUAUAUGUAUUCAUAUGAUGAUUUCAAAAUAUAAAAUAUAUCAAGUCAUGUGUUGACUGGCUUACCAAUAUAAUAAUGGAUCAAACCUUUUAGUAUAAUUUAAUUUAUCUUUGCUAAAAAUGUAAGGGCUGGAGGCUGGGAGUCAGAAUGCUCCCUCGCUUCUGGAGUGUAAGCACAGAGAUGUUGCAAGGGUUACAUCAUCUCAUUAUUUUAUGUUUAUCUGCCGGGAAGGGGGGGGGGAUUCAUGUAAAAAUCACCCACAAGUUUUCUAUAUGGUAAUACCAGUUGAAUGUGUUUCUGCCACAUGUUAAGCUUUGGAUGUCCAGUGAAAGGACUGACACUGCAAAGUAGUCCUUUCCAUAGACAUUACAUGACUGCUACUCCCAUCAUGCCAGUUAAUUGAUCCAUGGCCUGGGGUUGAUUGGAGUUGUUGUCCAACAACUGAACAACCCCGGGUUUCCUACCCCUGCCAUGGGAAAGGGAAGGUUUGGAGAGUGACACAAGUUACCUUCUGCAGCUACUCAUAGUUUGGCUCUAAUGAAAAACUGUUGUACCAUGCACUAUUGAGGUCUUUUGACAAAGUGGAAAAUUCUUUUAAAGGCGAUCAGCACAUUCCACAAAGAUGCUGGACUCAAAAUUGUGGACUGUAUUACUCUCUCAUUCCUGUAUGAGAAGAAAUCUCUUAACAAAACUUUGUACCCAAAAUGCUCCACCGCUGCCAUUUUUCGCUUUGCUAAGUGGGAAAAAAGUCAGAAACUUGUGGAUAAGUAUUACCAUUGCAGUCCUGCAACUUUUGCCUUUAACAAGCAAAAGAUUCCAUGCAGGUGAGCACACUUAGGCAGUUAGUUGCUGCCAUAAUAAAUGCAGAUUUCCAUCUAAGUCUGACCAAACUGAUGGAAAUGGGCCAGUGUGUCCACAUCCAUGUGGCAUGUAUCUGGUAUUGCAUGUAUCCACACAUUUGCAGUAUAAAAAUAUAGUGCUAUUCUUUUGCACUUCAACUGCUUUGCUUUUGGCCAAUGGAAUCCUGCUCUUUACAAUUUGGAGUUGGGCACUUAGAAUUCUCAACCAGACAGCUCCACUGCCUCACCAAAACUACAAUUCCCAGGAUUCUAAAAGGAUGAAACCAUGACAGUUAAAGUCCAAAAAAUUACACACACACACACACACACACACAUAUAUAUCCCCCUGUAUCCAUAGGAUUGGUAUCCACAGUUUCAUUUGUCCACAUCUGACAAAAUAUGUCCUCUCUGGGAUAUUUAGUACAACUCAGUGAGAGUCUCAUGCAGGAAGUCCUUCAUGUCAGUAGACCAAGCGAGCAAACAUUGGAGGAGUUGUGAUAUUUUAUUUCCUCUUACUUUUUUUUUUAAAAAAAGACACAUUACCUAAUGAUGGGACAAUAGGGUCCUCCCUGCAGUAAAAAUAAUGCUAUCUCUUUUUAAAAGGGUUUAAAAAGUGAGAAAGAGAGAUCUCCCUUGACAUUGUGUGCAGAACAGUUCUGGCAAAAAAAAAAAAUGAAAUGUAUUCCGUUUUUACAGGAGUGGGGAGGUUGUCUUUUUUAUUGUGAGGCUUUCUUUGUACAGAAUUUUUCUUACAGUUGUAAUAUGACUCUCUUGCCAUUCAUUAGGGUUAUUUCAUUGUAGCCAUUAUUACUGUGCCAAAUGUACUGUAUUCUAAAGGAUGUGAAUGUGUAUUGUUUUGGAACCCAAUAAAUACAAUGAUGUUAAAA